GAAAUAGCAUACCAAACCGCAAGAAUUGUAUUCACUUUGCGAGAGACUAAACCACUAGAAGUGUUUGUUAGAAGGAAUUAAUGGGGAUGAAGGUAGAACAAGUUCUUCACAUGGUUGGAGGGGCUGGAGAGACCAGCUACGCCACCAACUCCAGGCUUCAAGAGAAGGCAAUAUUUGAAACAAAGUCCAUAGUGGAGGAGGCCGUGAGAGAGGUCUAUAAGACCGUUCUGCCUGAGAGCAUGGUGGUGGCUGACCUGGGUUGCUCUUCCGGUCCUAACACUUUUCAUGUGGUCUUCGAGGUGAUCGAUAUCGUCGACGAUCAGAGCCGACGGCUGGGACGAUCCCCACCGGAGGUCCAGUUCUUCUUGAACGAUCUCCCGGGGAAUGACUUCAAUAGUAUUUUUCAGUCUCUGGAAGGAUAUGAGGAGAAAUUAAAGGAAGAGAAGGGAGGGGGGAUUCCGCCGUUCUAUGUUGUGGGAGUGCCUGGCUCUUUCUAUGGGAGGCUUUUCCCCGCUCGAAGCGUUCAUUUCUUCCAUUCCUCCUACUGCCUCAUGUGGCUCUCUCAGGUCCCUCCGGGAGUUGAGAGUAACACGGGUGUUCCAUUAAAUGAGGGAAACAUCUACAUAUCAGAGACAAGUCCACCUGUUGUGGUGAAAUCAUAUCAAGAGCAAUAUCAGAGGGACUUCACGACAUUUCUCGAGUCCCGUUUCGAAGAACUUAGUUUCGGAGGUCGGAUGGUCUUAACAUUCUUGGGAAGGACUACCGAACGUGCACCAAGUGGAGAACUGUGCCAACUUUGGGGACUACUGGCGGAGGCACUCAAUGCUAUGGUCCUAGAGGGUAUCGUGGAGAAGGAAAAAGUGGAUGCAUUUAAUUUGCCUUUUUAUGCACCUUCCAUAGAGGAAGUGAAGGCAGUGAUACAAAGUGUAGGAUUAUUUGAUCUCGAUCAAAUGCAAAUAUUCAAGUCAAAUUGGGAUCCACUUGAUGACUCUAGUGAUGAUUACAUAUAUGAUAAUUUUAUAAGUGGGGAAAAUGUGGCAAAGAGUACAAGAGCAGUGAUAGAACCCGUGAUUAUGCGCAACUUUGGGGAGCACAUACUUGAUGAUUUGUUUUCAAGAUAUGCAAAGAAUGUUGCGAAGCACCUCUUGAAGGAGAAGACCAAGUAUCCUGUUUUUGUCAUUGCUUUGAAGACAAAAAUGUGAAGAUGAAUUUGGAUCUCCAUUCAAAAAAAAAAAGAUCUAUAAUAAUCUAUAAAAAUAUUCACUGGUCAUGAUGGAAGAUCUAUAAAAAUAUUCGUUGUGUGCUUAAUGGGUGUAAUGGUGUCAUGGUAUGUGGGAAACUGAAUCAUUAUGAGCAUAAAAUGAAAACUUGUUCCCUACUUUCUC